GGCCAGUUCCAGGUUUUGCUCACUACAUACGAGUACAUCAUCAAGGACUGGCCUAUUCUCAGCAAGCUCAAAUGGGUUCACAUGAUCAUCGAUGAGGGACAUCGCAUGAAGAACACCCAGUCGAAGCUUGCGCAGACGCUCACGCAAUACUAUCAUUCCCACUACCGCCUCAUUCUCACUGGUACCCCCCUGCAGAACAACCUUCCUGAACUUUGGGCCCUCCUUAAUUUCGUCCUUCCCAAGAUCUUCAACUCUGUCAAAUCAUUUGAUAAAUGGUUCAAUACGCCGUUCGCGAACUCGGGUACAGGGGACAAGAUCGAGUUGAAUGAAGAAGAAGCACUGCUCAUCAUCCGGCGGUUGCAUAAAGUGUUGCGGCCAUUCUUGUUGAGAAGGUUGAAGAAAGACGUGGAGAGCGAACUUCCAGAUAAAAUGGAGAAGGUGAUCAAAGUCCGCAUGAGUGCCCUGCAGAGUCAGCUGUAUAGGCAGAUGAAGAAGCACAAGAUGAUCGCCAAUGGAAAGGACGCGAAGGGCAAAUCUAGAGGUGGGAGGGGUUUGAGCAAUGAGCUUAUGCAGUUGCGCAAGAUUUGUCAACACCCGUUUUUGUUCGAGAGUGUCGAGGACAAGGUCAAUCCCACCGGACUUAUCGAUGAUAAAUUGAUAAGGUCGGCCGGCAAACUCGAGCUCUUGUCGCGUAUCCUUCCCAAAUUCUUUUCAACGGGCUAG